CCACUGGCUAGUGCUCCAAAGCGCUGAAGAUAAAGAGGUUCUAGAAAACAUGGGUAUUACAGAAGCCCGCAAGUGAAAAUGAGGAAGGAAAGCCAGUACAAGAAAGCAGAACUUUACUGCACAAGCUAUUCGUGGGUUGCGCUAAUGACUGUCACAACACACACAGCCGAGUGUCUUCCCAAACCAAGCCAAUGCUUGAGACAGCCAAUACCACCACGGGGAUGCAGGACUUCAACAAGUCUGAGCGGUGCCCCAGAGAUACUCGGAUGACACAGCUGGUGUUCCCAGCCCUCUACACGGUGGUCUUCUUGACUGGCCUCCUGCUGAACACCUUGGCCCUCUGGGUGUUCGUUCACAUCCCCAGCAACUCAACUUUCACCGUCUACCUCAAGAACACCCUGGUGGCGGACUUGAUAAUGACACUAAUGCUUCCUUUCAAAAUCCUUUCCGACGCACACCUGGGACCCUGGCAACUCAGAGGCUUCGUGUGCGUCUUCUCUUCCGUGGUCUUUUACGAGACCAUGUACGUCGGCAUCAUAAUGCUGGGCCUCAUCGCCUUUGACAGAUUCCUCAAGAUCAUCAGGCCUUUCAAGAACUCCUUUGCAAGGAAACCCGCUUUUGCAAAGGCAGCCUCAGCUGUCACCUGGCUCCUGAUGUUCCUCAUCUCCCUGCCCAACAUGAUCUUGAACAGCAAGGAGGCGACGCCGUCGUCAGUGAAGAAGUGUGCGUCCUUGAAGAGUCCCCUGGGGCUGGUGUGGCACCAGGUCGUCAACCAAACAUGCCAGUUCGUUUUCUGGUCUGUGUUUACUCUGAUGCUUCUCUUUUACGUGGUGAUUACCAAGAAAGUAUACAAUUCCUACAGAAAGUUCACAAGUAAGGAGGACAAACACAGAAGAGUGGGGGCGAGAGUGUUUGUCGUCAUCGCCGUGUUCUUCGUCUGUUUCGCUCCGCUGCAUUUUGUCAGAAUCCCAUACACCUACAGUCAGACCAACAAGACCAACUGCCGGCUAGAAAACCAACUGUUCGUCGCCAAAGAAGCAGCUCUCUUUUUGGCUACAACCAACAUUUGUAUGGACCCGCUAAUAUACAUACUCUUAUGUAAGAAGUUCACAGAAAGGAUGCCGUGCUUGCGAGGCAGAGCGACGGCAGCACCGGGCCAGGAGCACCACUGCAGUCACACAGACAACAUCACCCUGGCCUGACAGCAUGUCCCACACAGUCAUUCUGCUCGCAGCUUUGCUUCUGUCUGAGGACGGGACUUUAGAAAGAUCAUCUGCUUGGAGACUUCGUGUAAGCCUUACAGGAAAAUGGGGGGGAGGACAAAUGUUUUCCUACUUUUUAUUACCCUAAAAUACGGAGAUUAGGCACAUUGUAACUUACCCAGAUAUAUUUACAAGCAGGAUGAAUUUACAUUGGGCAAAUGGCCACUAGGUGUCACCUUUUGAAGAGCAUUUGUGUAACAGAGAAAAGACUAAUGGGUAACAGGUAUGCCUAAAAGAGAAACUAACAAAAAAAAAAAAAAAAAAACCUCCCUCCUAGGGACCACCUCACAUUCUCUCUCAUACAUCAUUCCUAAAACAUUGUGGUGGCUUCUAUAGCCGUCAGAAUGCCGACACCUGUGGGCAUAAACCAAUAAACUUGCCCAUCCAACACCUGUGGAGGGCAGCCUAAGGCAGUAGUAGCUGAAAGAGAUACAGUCUGAGGAGCCAACGUGGGCCAAGAUGAUCCCAGGAAUCCCCAGAUGUUUCUCCUUACAAGUCCACCAGAAGAGGCACAGCCUACAGGCAAAGCCAGCACACAGCCCUGUGCCAUCUGGGAGGCAGAAGGGGAUGCUGGGGCCUUGUUGUACACGUCCUUAUACUAGUUUGCUGUGAUGCCGGACCGCAUUUCCCAAAGACAGGGUUCUUAAAAAGACAGAUACGUCACACAUUUUUGGUAUCUUCUAAAACCCUACACACACACACACACACACACACACACACACACACACACACACACACACACGGACUGCAGACUCCCAGCACACAGGACAUACUAACCAUGGUGCAUAUAGGCGAUGGAACGGUUGCUAAUACCCGUGUGGGAAGAUUUUUCUCAAAGUCUGAUUCAUUCUACUUGGGCCCAUAUGCUUUUCUGGAUCUCUUUGUGGGUUUACAUAAAAGCAAAGUGUGUUCUCCUGGAAUUGUGCGUGCUGCCGUUGAACUUUCCUAGAGGGCAUGAGGACUCUCCCUCUAACCCUGCCUGCAAGAUGAAGUCUCGGGUCUCUCCCCUCCCUGCACUCCUCCUCGCCCCACAGCCCACAGGACCUCCCAUCUGUCUCUAUGGCGAACCCCAGAGCUGCCAUCACUCACUCCAGGUAAUCUCAGGCGUCCAAUGCCCAGCCUCCCGCUACUGCCUCAGCCCCAAUCACUCCCCCGCCCAGCUGCACGGCGUCAUUCCCCACAUGGCUUUGUGAUAAUCUGGUUAAAUGCAUCUACCCCUUAAAUAGACUGGGUAUAUAUUUUGAGGACAGAGAAAGUUUCAUUGUUUAAUUAAUAAAUGUUAAUAAAUGCUUGCUAAGCAAAUCAAA